AUGGAUCAGGACCUAGCAAGCUCCAACACGCUGCAACCCCCGUUUCUACGGCUCCCCCCACCCAUCCGGGAAGAGGUUUACCGCCUUCCCUAUUACUGCCUCGACCAAUGGCCUGCUUCAUUCCGCGGCCUGCUCCUUACCUGUCGCUUGGUCUACGCCGAGGUGGCCACGCUUCUGUAUUCGGCUAACCUCUUCGUCCUCCAUUUUGCCGACGCUCGAUCCUUUACACCGCUUUAUGCGCUCUCACCAUUGGCACUGUCGUCCUUGACGGCACUCAGGGUUGUUCUUAACCAAGCGUCUUGCCACCAGCGAUUGCUGAAGGCGACCGAUUUCGAUGACUGUUGUGGGGCUUUCUGUGAAGAGAAGCUACAUUAUGGAAGUCAUUACCGCCGACACCAACGCCCCUUCUUGACGGUUGCGAGGGGGAGCGAGAAUGGAGAGGAGGAUGAGGACGAUGCGAAAGAAGACCCGGAAACCGAAGCCCGGAUUGUGCCCGAGAAGUGGCGCGCCGCUGUCCAACAUAUCGCGCCUCACAUCACCCCUGCUCGCCUCAAGCUCAGCUUUGUCUGCGACAUCAACCCGAAACAUACCGACGCCGUUGACCUAGCCAACCUGCUGUUGACGUCUCUCUCCGUUCUGCCAGUACUCAAAGGCUGCGAGAUCAGACUUAGCAAGGAACCUGACGCCGGAUUGUCUCGGAUGGCUCAUGAUACAAGCCUACAACUGUGUGGAAUUCGGCGUCCAUAUCUCACGCCGCCCGCUGGAAAGAUAACAUUCGUCACACUCCCACGCGAGCUCCGGUUGCGGGUUUUGGAAUACACCGACUUGGUCACCCCGAGCAAGGAGGUCUGGUGGAGCAGAAAGGACCACCAGUACUCGUGGGGAACUCUUUACAGCCAGAAGAAGUGCUAUACUGCCGACGGGCGGUGCUUGUAUUACCCCCAAUGCCCGGAUCUGGGCCGCUGUACAUUUCGCACGACUUCGGACCAAGACAUCCCGUCCGGGUCGCCCGCAGGCUGCUUUUGUGCCCGCCGCCAUGGCGCGUACUCAUCGCGGUGCGUCUGCUGGGCAGAGCCUAGGCCGGCGCUGUUCUUGGUCUGCCGAACGCUGUGUCGGGAUGCACAACUCGUCUUCUAUUCUGGUAACCGCUUCGUUAUCCACGACCUCUCGCCUUCUUGCGAGGCAGAAUACUCGCAUAGAAAUCCUCCACGAGCCCGUUUUGGAGAGAACCGAAACGUACCAGUGAAUGUUACUUAUCCGUAUGACCGAUUCGGUGUCUCCAUCUUCUUCCGCGACAUCAUUCCGUCCCACUGCAUCGCCUACCUCCGAUCCCUGGAGAUAUCCUUUCCGCUCCGCCUUGAGCGCAGUUGGCCAACGCCGGAUUCCCCGGCCAUGCAGGACUGGUGCGAAACGGUCGACUGGCUAAGGGGCAAAAUCAAUGGGCCGGGUUUGACCUUGGGGUUCGUGGAUGCAGAAUAUAGCGAUUAUUACUAUGGGUCUGACGACCACGAUAUUAUUACGGAGGAGGAAGCCGAUAUGAUGCACAAAUCGAUUUUGGCCAUCCUGACACCGCUCAACCAGCUAGCCAAGGGACCGAACGCGCUCAAUCGGUUUUAUACGGACGUGGUUUACCCGUGGGAAUGGACUGCUCGCUCGUACCGCCGUUGGCUGGAUCACCGGGAAUGGGGCGGAAACCCCCGGGAACUCAGGAGAGCAUUCAGAACGCGGCAUAACAGGACCCUAGAAACCUUGGUGAUGGGCGACCAGUACCAUACAAUGUUCGCGGACGGGAACCGGGCAACGCCAUAUCCGAGCGUCUUCAAACAAGUUCAGUUCUGCGUGUAA